CGCUGAGGCGGCAGCACCACGGGCAUUCGAUAUAGCCGGCGUAUCAUUCUCCAGCAUUGCUUGCAUUUGCGUUUCCUCUUUUCCCACUUCUUGCUGCACCUCUUAUUCGUCUUGUCCCCAGGCCCCAGUGUCCCCAACUGCACCGUGGCUGGCGCGGGAUUGUCGCAUGUCCUCGUUCCAGUAGUCCGCCACAAGCGACCUGCCGCUCUGCAGCCUUUACCGCGUAGAUACUAGCGUUUGCCCGACAAGCUUGCCCUCUUCACGGGUGAUAGCAGUCUCUUUCUCGGGUUUCCUUGUCUCUGGGAGAAAUCUCUCACUGUCGCCGAAGGUAGACCGCCGAUUCAGGCCCGAGGCCCGCUACCAUUUUUCAGAGCUAUGGCUACCUUUGCGCCUACCAAUUUUCCCUCAGACGUCGGCGAGAAACCCCACCAGGAGCCCCCACCACAGCAUCUCCAACACGGACCCUUCUCCCAUCAACUCAACCCGCCAACCGCGCCAUACACGUCGAAUCCACCGCAGAUAUCACGACGAGCUUCACGCGACCUCCGGCCCCAGCAUUCCAACGGCGCAAUGGCGGGCGCAAACGGUCAUGGACCCAUGGCAGUGCCUGGCGGGCGCAUCAACGGCCAAGAGCAUCGAGCAAACUUGCGCGACAUGGGCUUUGCUGGCCCGCGCAGUCCGCCAAACAACAAGAAUACCUCACACGUGCCCUGCAAGUUCUACCGGCAAGGCGCAUGUCAGGCUGGGAAGGCGUGUCCGUUCUUGCACUCCGAUGAGCCGCUGACAGAGCGAGCGCCCUGCAAGUAUUUCACAAAGGGAAACUGCAAGUUCGGCCAGAAAUGUGCUCUCGCCCACAUCCUCCCCAACGGCCAUGUCGUGAACCGCGGAAAUGCCGGCGGCCACUUCAGCCGCAUGAACAUUCCACACCACCAGGAGCUACCUAUGAACAGCUCGCUGCUUACCAUGCAGGCGCACAUGGGCGGUAUGCAGCCCGGCUAUCCUUACGCCAUGCCCGACGAAUACGCGAACCAGAAGAACCAGUACGACAUGAUUCCGACCAUUGACACCACUUUCUCUUCCCACCCAGGUUCCAACUACGGCUCGCCGCCAAACGAGAACGGCCGACUUCCAAUAUCGCCAACCCAAAAGGGCUUGAGUGUCAUGGAUGUAGGACUCCCAGCCUCGUUCGACAGCCAGGGUGUCUCCACCAUGGCACGAUAUGGCCCCAUCGCCUCCUCUGUACCCGCCAAGUUCCUUGCAAACUCUCCGCCAUCAUCAUACCAAGCCGACUCGCCUGCUCUCCGAAACCUACACGACUCUGCAUUUGGAGAUGGUCUGCGGAGAGGCAUUGCGGGAUUGGGAUCAUCCCCGCCAGAAUCCGUCGAGCAGCCAGUGGGGCGGAGGAUGCUACAUUCCGAGCUUGCUGCUAAUCGGUCUCGGGGUAUCAUGUCUUCAAGUGUGGGCGCGCGUCCGACGUACAAGGACGAAGAAUGGGAUGAGACGGACAUGAUUGGCAAAUUCGAGGAAGACCUACUGCCAAACUCGCUCAGCGAUCUUCUCACACCCCAGGAAAAGAUGCGCCGCUUCUCCCGUGACCAGGGCGAGAGCGAUAACCGCACCUCACAAUCCAGGUUUGGUGUAUCGCCAACAGCAUCGGACCUUAAAUAUGGAUCCCCAUCGGCCGCAACCGCCUCACCCUCGCGCUUCCAGUCCAUGUGGGCCAAGCCGAGAGGACCGACCUACGAGCAAGGGUUUGAAUCAGGUUCCCUCCCAGGUCAGUCAGCUUUCGGACACGUCGGCUCACCACUACGCAACUCAAGCCUCCACCCGGGAGCCAGCCCUUCAUUGCGCGCUAUGAAUCGACCGACUACUGGUGAUAUGAGCCCUUACCUAGCUUCGCCUCCCCGUCAAGCUUCCAUGAGCAUGAUUAGCCAACAACUGCAGCGAACUCGACUAUCAUCUCGUGAAGAGACUGGCAUCACCAGCAACCCCGUCCAUCCCGGAAUCAACCGCGUUACCUCGGCAUCCAGCAUUGGUAGCUCCAGUGGGCGUCUUGGUAUCGAUCGUGCUGUAAGCAGCAGCAGCAUUAACCGCGAGAGGAUCGAGGAGGAGCAAGGUCUUUUCAGUAUGGAAGAAGAGGACGACCUCAACAAGAGCAGGGAUGGUGCCUCUACUACCUCCAGUACGAGCAACAAACGUUUGAGUGGUCUAUCCUGGGGCAGUGGCGGCAAGGGCAGCCCGAACCUUGCACCUGUCGGCGGCCAUCGCACUACUGGCUCAUCUGGACUCGGAAAAGAAACGGGACCCUGGGGUAGCAAUGCUUGAGUCGACGCAUCAAGUAUGUGGCAAAGAUGAAUCUGCCUAAUUUCAACCCUCGGCUCGCUCUUUUAGCGACAUGUUCACGACACCUAUACCAAGGCAUUCUUUCCUAUUUCUACAAAAAAAAGGUUGGAAAACUUUCAGCGUUUCUGGCGACUUGCAUACGGAGUGUGUUCCCCUUCACACAGAUUCCUCCCUCCCUCUAUAUUCCACGGCAUAUACAAAAAGUCUCUUAGCUUUGGCUUAACACUGUCGAGCGGACAUGGCUGGCGUAACACAUGACGGGUGUCAUCUCGUCCCCACUUUUCUUUUCACUGGAGUAUUCUUUUUCUCAAAUGGUCUUCAUGAACAACGGAGUUCAGUAAGACUGCAACAAUUUCUGGUCGCAGGUCUUCUACUGGUAAUGUGGUGGACAAGGUUUACUGAGCACGAGUAUUUACGACGGAU